UCUAAUUCCGAAAGUCUUUUCUGACAUUACUACUAGUAAAAUUUUGCAGAAGCAAAGCUGAUUUGUCUUUCAAAUAAUGGAAAGUCUUAUUGCAAACAACGAACCAUUGGUGCAGCAAAGUUUGGCAAAUGUGGAAGGCGGAGAGAUGAAGAAUGCAUUGAUCACCAAUGCGUCUGCCAAAGAAGAUGCACCCGCUGAAGUUGUUCCACUCGCCGAUUUUAAGAAAACUUCUGCUAUAGAUGAGGAAAACCCUGAGAAGCAAACUAUGAAAGACCUUACAGCUCUAGAAACUGUUUCCUCUGAGCCAAUAGGUAAUGCUGUCUCGAGUUCUGAUACAUCUGCAGAAUCAAAGGCUGCCAGUGAUACAUCCGUCGCGACCUCGUAUGCCAAAGGAAAACUGGGCGAAGAGGAUUCGUAUCUCAAGAUCACUGAUGACGACUCGCAGUUGGAUUCCUCUGAGAACGUUUCCAUGGAAACCAGUAACCCUAAAAAGCAAAAGAGCAAGAAACAGAUUUGGAAACGCCAUCGCUUUGAUCGCCAGUUGCUCAAGGUCCUGACCCCCAAGGAUGCCAUUACGAUUCUGAAUGAGUUGAAGGGCGUGACGAUCGACAUCAUGAACGUAAAACGUGACCACGAGGGACAGAUUGUGGCUCACAUUGCGGUUAACUCAAUUGAAUACCAUGCGACAGGCUCUUCAGUGAACUCUGCAAGGAUUGCCGCCGCCGAGAAGGCACUGCAUGACAUCUUUAUGGCCAAAAUGAAGGCUCAGUUGGCCGACACAGAAGAGGACUCGGAAAGCGAUGCGGAUGAUCUACUCGUAAAGCUGAACUCAUAUGCCAUACACAAACUAUUUGAGCAGUGGAAGAGCAAAGACAUUGAUGUUGCAGCUAUGUAUAAUGAAAUGCAGAAUAAGCAGCAGCUUGCCAUCGAUCCGAAAACUUCGUCUUUAGCCAAGGAGUUGCCCAAAUCAUGGAAGACUAUGCAUCCUUGCGUGGUUCUCAACUGUAUGCGCCCCAUGUGCAUCUACAACUUGUUGGGUUCCACUGGCGAAGCGCCGAAUCAAACCUUUAACAUGGGCAUCUCUGUGGACAACCGCGAGUUUGAGGCUAAUGGGAAGUCCAAAAAAUGUGCACGUGCCAAACUAGCUGCCUUAGUUUGUAACAGCCUGUUUGGAACCGACUUUCCUCAACUAUAAACGUAAUGUUGUACGGGUUCAUAUGUUCAAAAUCGAACAUUACAUUCGUAAUUUUCCAUCAAUUUUAUACGAAAUACCUGUAUCAGCUGUCUCAGAAAAUUGUUAAAGGCUCUGGUAUCGUAAAUAAAACUUACAGCACUUUAAACACUUGCGAGGCUUGUCAUCGCUAUGUACACUUCA